CGAGAAAUAACGGUGAAUUCCGCGAGGGGCCAAAUCCCUAGAACCGAUUCCUCACGCAGCAUGCGCCAGUUCCUCCAGACGAUCCUCAAGUCCGGGGCUACGGUCGCGCCGAGCAGCGCAGCGUCGACCAAGACGAUCGCCAAGGAGCGUCUGCAGAUCAUCCUCGCCCACCAGCGCGGGUCGCAAGCGCUCGCGGGCGUCGACCUCGGCGCGCUCCAGGAAGAGCUCUUGGCGUGCGUCCAGCGCCACAUUGCCGUCGCCCAAGGCGAGAAGGUCAACAUUGCCGUCAAGCAAGAGGGCUCGAUGGACAUCUUUGAAAUGCAGGUUCCGGUGAGCGCACUGCCGGUGCGGGCGACGACACCGUGAAGCCGUGGAAGCUAAUGUACUCUUUAUCGUUGUCCUA